AUGCAAAGUGUACGAAUAGUGUACACAAACCAGCAAAUAAAGGUUUUAGAGGCGGAGUACGCAGCAAAUAAGUUUGCGAAAGGUGCGCGACGAAAACAAAUCGCACAACGUAUUGGAGUGCAGGAAAUACAAGUGCGAACUUGGUUUAAAAAUAGAAGAGCGAGAGAAAAGAACGAGAACUUCAAAACCACAACGACUAGCGCACCGAUAGAACAAAGUACCGUACCAGCUUAUCAACAUACCUCUUUAAAGAGGUCAAGAACUGACGAUCUGAACUCAUUCAAAGCGAAUAAUCUCAUUCAAUCAAAUUGGAUUUUGCCGCCACCUGCUUGUCAACAUAGCUCAACAAUUGAGAACGAGAUUAUGGGGUUCACUGCGAAUGAUCUCAAUCGAUCAAAUUGGAUUCAGUCAUCACCCGCUUAUCAACAUUCCUCAACAACUAACGAUCUGAACGUUUUUGAACAUAUCUCAACUGACGAUUACAACUACAUCAUGGAAUUUAUUGGGAAUAAUCCAUCAGAUUGUAUUCAGCCACCACCCGCGAAAAAACCUAAGAUACAGAUAUUGGAGCAAUUGGUGCUUCAUCCGGAUACAAAUUGCUGGAUACGAAUUUAA